UACUAUACAACAAACAUUAUUCAAUCGGCUGGUGUCACCGACAAGCAUGCUACAAUAUGGAUUUCUGUCGGCACUGCAGCGGUCAAUGCUUUCGGAACGUUCAUUCCGAUAGCAUUAAUUGAACGUAUGGGACGUCGCAUCCUUUUUAUGAUCUCCAUGAUCUGUGUAAUUCUUUCACUUCUUGCAAUGGGCGGUGCAUUUAUUCUUAUUAACAAAGACUCGGCUCCGGCACUUCGUGAUCAAUCGUUCACGAACAUGUCGCAUCCAGAUCGUAUUGAGCAACGCUGUGAAUCGUACAGCAACUGCGACUAUUGCGUGACCAACGAACAUUGUGGCUUCUGUUUGGUCAAAGGAAUGAGGACAGGCUACUGCCUCGAGAAAAACGAAGAUUCCGGAGCUUCAGUCAUGGGUCCCUGUCAGUCCGCAGCAUCUAUGGGAUCGACGUUUGAAUGGGAUGCAAACACGUGUCAAACCAAAUAUACUGUGCUUCCCAUAGUGAUUAUGGUUUUCUAUCUGUUAUCAUUUUCAAGUGGUUAUGGCCCGUUACCGUGGGUAGUGAACGCCGAAUUCUAUCCGCUAUGGGCCCGAAGUACAUGCGUAUCAAUAACAACCGCAUGCAAUUGGACAUUCAAUCUUAUUAUUUCUCUGACCUUCCUGUCACUUAGUCAAGCUAUCACCAAAUAUGGUAUGUUUCACGAAAUUCGGCCGGCAAGUUUCGCCAGGCCUUGUGGGGGCAUCAAAAUGUCGUCCAGCAAAUUACCUUAA